AUGGAUAGCUCCAAAGAUGCUGUCCCAGACCGGGGUCCAGGAUCGCCCUUCAGCAUAUUGAGUCCUGGAAAGUCAAGCCGGGAAUUGACCAGGCUGCGCAAGAAAAAGUCCAACUCGAUUGCUCGCACGGCAAACUCACGCCUUUCGCGACCUAGCGGCGAGCUUGGAGACGAGUUGUACAGCAGCCCAGAAAGAGAUGGAGGCCAAGGAGCUGGACUGAAGGCGCGCAAAGAUGCCUUGCGUGAUGCUGUGAAAAGGAUAUUCAGCCGGAGAUCUAAGGACAUUGGCAUCUCGACAGUGAUGCGCAUCGGAACCCCACGCCAUGGUCAUCACUUCAGCGAGUCGACCGCCGCCGCGCCACACGCCACUGUAUAUCAACAAUACACACGCGGCGGUCAUGUACCACCACUUGACACGAACCAUACGUCGCCAGCAUUGCCAUCAAUGAAUUCAUAUACGCGUGUGCAGUCGCCUUCCGCGGCGCUCUUUCCCAAGAGUGCCAAGCUGCAGCCCAUGGAUCUAGGAAAUCCAUUUGAGCGGCCUGGGCUUCGUCGACGAAAAACAUUGCCGAGCGUGGUACUUUCCGAUCGAGAAGCAGCUGCAGUUGCCAGUGUGACAGCUGCUAUGGGUUCGAUCAGAAUACAUCUUGACCCGGAAGGACACGGCGACGAAAUCGAGGGUAGCACAGCACAGAGUCCGAAUCGACGCUCGAACCGACUGUCACGAAGCACUGACGAUCUGCGAAACAUGCACCUGGCUGCUGCUGAUACUCCUCGUAGUCGACGCGACGAGAUCAAAUACUGGCGAUCAAGUAUUGGACAAGCAGCUCCAGAAGAUGAAGGAGAAGAGCAUGGUGUUUCCAGGACGCAAGAGAGUAAUAUGGAUGAAUUGCAUGCCCGUGGCAGUCCGUCAGUAGCACUACCGUCGAACAGUGCGGCCGAGGUGAACAAAAAUCCGCAAGGGCACCAACGCGAUUCUUCUACGGCUAGUGAUGUCGCUUCUCCUGGUGGCUUCGGUCCAGAUAUGGAAACCUCCAAAGAAUUGGAAGAUCGCGUUGCGCGACUCGAAGCCGGCCUCCAUGAUUUUCAAUUCUCUCUGAAGCGCCUAACCGCGGACAGGGAUCGCCAUACCGACAUCCUGAGCGUCGGCAACGACGACCCUGCUACCCAUCAACGAUCUUCCAGGAACAUGCCCAAGACCUUGACCGAUACCCUGAUCACUUCUCUCCAAGCCCCACUCGCUUCUGACACAUAUGAGUAUGGCUAUAACUAUGAAAAUGACAACGAUAAUCUCCGACCUGCGACUUCACCACAAAUUGGGUCUCGACCACGCACGCCUGAUUAUCCGCCACUACCUACUAAUCUUAGAAAUCCUGAUAUUGCCAGGUCACUCAAUGCUGCAGCGUCCACAACACCACCUGUUCGGAGCUUAGACGCCAAUAUACAACUCGCCGCGUCACCACCGUCUUCUCCGCCAGCUCGGAUCGCUCCGCAAUAUCACCACCGACACACGAGAUCUAUUGGAUCUGUGCUUCCUGACAGAAACCCAGGCCAUUGGACACCACAAACAGAAUCAGAUCAUACUGUUCGACCUCGCAACGGCACAGUCUCGCCUCAAUUGGAAGCAAAUGAUGAGAUUUUCAGGACGUUUACGAGCAGUCACCAGGAUGCUGUGGACAGUGGCUCCCGUGAUCUGCCUUUGAUACAAGAACAACCCCAGCAUUCUUCCUACACAGUCCAAUCGCUCUAUCAAAUGCUCGCAGACGAACGACUUGCCCGUCGCCGCCUCGAAGCACAACUCCAUCGCCUACGCGCCGAGAUCACGGAUCUCCACCAACAACUUGCUGUCUCAGCAAGCCCUCCUACCGUCGCAGCCAUUCCAGCUUCCACGAUGGAAAGUCCCUCCGACUCCUAUGACUACAAUCGUAAUCGGAACAGCCACAACAGCAUCCACACACUCCCUCUCCAACCCUCCAUCACCAAAAUCUCCAACUCAUCUAGCGCAUCCAGCCAUCAGCGCAAUUCACGUCACUCCGCCGGUAGCGGAAACUUCCGACUUCGCGAGAUCCUGCGUGACGUCGAGGUCAGUCCGCCAGGAACAGCGGAGCUCCGCCGUCAGCAUGAGCGGGAGGCUGAAGAAGAACGGCUGUGGCGUGAACGUCAGGCGCAGAGGUCUCAUGGAAGGUCCAAAUCGAGCAAGUCGCGCACGAAGCGGGAUGAGCGGAUCUUCUGA